AUGUCGAAAAACAUUGAAAACGUGCUGACUGUAGCAAGCUGCUUCGGACAAUAUAAAGAGGGUCAUCCUCAGGCUGUCCUGACCCUGCAGCCUGCCUGGGCACAGAUAUUCCCAGGAGAGACAGUCACCCUGAGCUGUGAGGUGGAGGGGGGCACUGCUGGCUGGAGGUUUAAACAGUACAGAGAUGGACGUGAAGAGGCACAGUGCAGUGAUCAAUACAGCAGGAGAUAUGGGGACAGCUGCACAAUCAGUACCGCUCAGUAUAACCACAGUGGAGUGUACUGGUGUGAGUCUGCAUCAGGACAGGAGCGCAGCAAUGAUGUCACCUUAACUGUGUCCAAUCAUUGGGUGAUCCUGCAGACUCCCCCCCAGCCUGUGAGCGAGGGAGACACACUGACUCUGAGGUGUCGUGUCCGGGGUUAUACAGCUUCUAGGGUUGCAUUUUAUAAAGAUAAUAAAGAGUUACAGUCCCGGGCUGACACAGAGUUGAGUGUGGAUCGUGUUUCAAGGAGUGACGAGGGGUUCUACAAGUGCGGAGCGUGGUGGAGCUCAUCCACUUACUCUGGUGACUCUGCAGAAGUGCGGGUGUCAGUGACAG